AUGGCUUCUCCUUCUACCUCUUUAUCAGAGAAAGAGCUUGAGGAGCAGCUUAAAGAAGCUACAAGCAGCCUUUUUAAGCUCCCCUCUUCCACUGACGAGCUGCUCAAUCUCCUUGAUAAAGUAGAGCAUCUUCUCUCCAAGGUAAGGCAAAGACAAGCUGGAUCAAUGCAAGAUACAGUAAGAACUUCAGCUAUCUCACUGAUUGCUAAUGACCUGUUGAGGCAUGCUGAUGUGGAUGUGCAAGUUUCAAUUGCAUCUUGCAUUAGUGAAAUUAUUAGAAUAACUGCGCCAGAUGCUCCUUACAAUGACUUAGAAAUAAAGGAAUAUUUCCAAUUGGCUGUAAAGGCAUUUGAGAAUUUGUCUCAUAUGUCUAGUCGCAGUCAUAUUAAGGCUGUUUCAAUUCUUGGAAGCAAAGUAGAGCAUCUUCUCUCCAAGGUAAGGCAAAGACAAGCUGGAUCAAUGCAAGAUACAGUAAGAACUUCAGCUAUCUCACUGAUUGCUAAUGACCUGUUGAGGCAUGCUGAUGUGGAUGUGCAAGUUUCAAUUGCAUCUUGCAUUAGUGAAAUUAUUAGAAUAACUGCGCCAGAUGCUCCUUACAAUGACUUAGAAAUAAAGGAAUAUUUCCAAUUGGCUGUAAAGGCAUUUGAGAAUUUGUCUCAUAUGUCUAGUCGCAGUCAUAUUAAGGCUGUUUCAAUUCUUGGAAGCGUGGCAUACUGCAGGUCUUGCCUCUUGAUGUUGGACCUCGGGUCCAACCACCCUAGUGCUGUAUUCUUAGACAUGGUGAAAAUAAUGACCUUGGUCAUAGAAGAAAGUGAAGAUCUCUCAAUCGAGCUGCUAAGUCAACUUCUAACUAGUGUAAAGAAGGAAAAAGAGAAUGUUUUGCCUCUUUCUUGGAAGCUAGGGGAGAAAGUGUUGAAAAACUGUGCCGCUAAACUAAAAUCUUAUCUCCCAGAAGCAGUGAAAUCCAUGGGCAUUGCUUUUGAUGAUUAUGCUGAUAUAGUUGCUUCAAUAUGCCAGGAUUCAUCUGGAAGGGAAAAUCUGGAGGCCAAAGAGCCUACGCCGCAUGACAAUUGUAUUGGAGAAGUUGGUCCACAUGGGGCUGGCCCAUCCAAGUCAUACGAUGGGGCUUCUGAAAAAAAGAAUGAUGAUCCUUUGGAGGGUGAUGAGUCUUUGAAGACAUUAGAACGUUGCCAUCAGAUUAAUCAGCACAAUGCAAGAAUGAAUUCUGGUCCUGGAAAUGUGGAUGCCAUAGCCGUGCAAUGUAAACUAGAUCCAGAAGCAGUUCCAAAGAAAAGGGAUUGGAGACCUAAUUCUUUGACAAAACCAGAGGAGGGAUAUGAGCAUUAUUGGAUUAGUGAAGGAUGGAAAUCUCUUCGGAUACCUCGUCGAAGGAAGUAUCGCACAAAGAAAAUUGGUACUCUAUGUAAGAGUGGAUUCUCUAAGGAGCCAGCUUUGCCAUCAGGAUCUGAAAAUGGAACUCAGCCUCACAUUGUUUCCCCGAACAAAUCACAUAGAGUGACCAUGAUUUCUCGCUCUUCUGGAAGGGGUUUCUUGAAGAAGAAAAAGAAUACUAGCAAUAAGGAGAGACUUCUAGAUUUGUUGUCUGUUUCAGAGGGAGAUAUGCUGAGAGCUCAGGUUGAGAAGAAAGCUUCACAGUGUAAAGCUGUCACUUUGAGACAGGAUUCUGAAGGCACAGGAGAUUCAAAAGCAAAACGAGGGAGAGGCCGAUGGAAAACUGUUCUUAGCACUAAGGGUGAUGGGUUCCAUAGUGAUACAGAAGGAAGACAAGAGUCAUCAAUCUGCCAAUUGGAUGCUAAAGAGCGGAGAAGGGGCAAAGCUAUCUCUACUAAACAUGUUACUGAAGAAUUUGGUGACAAGAACAUGGUUUCUAUGUCUAAAACCAACUCACUAAAUAGGGAUGAAAGUCACUUUGAGGGAGCUUCUAAGGCAAAGCGCAAGAGGAAUUGUACUCCUUUGAAGAAAGAGGUAUGCCUUUGUCAUUAUUCAGCGUAG